AAUAAACAUCUGAGAGGAUGGGUCGUAUGCACGCUCCUGGCAAGGGUAUUUCCCAAUCAGUUUUACCCUACAGAAGAACCGCUCCCUUGUGGUUGAAAAUUAACGCUAAUCAAGGGCAAGAAUGGUUUCUUCAGGAUUCCAAUGAUUUCGCUCAAGUCGGGUUUGUCAAUGAUAGAAAGAUUUUGCGCAUAAUGAAAUCUGUCGGCAUUAAAGCCGAUAUACUAGAAUAUGUGUAUCACAGCAUCAAGAAGCCUGUUGCCAUCCGCAAGCAUUUGAAACGUAACGGAAAGGAUAAGGAUGGGAAAUUCCGUUUGAUUUUGUUUGAAUCCCUUACCCACAGAUUGGCCCGCUACCAAUAG